GAGCAAGAGGUAGCGCCACAUGUUAGCGAUGUUGCUGCAGCAAUAUUCUUCUUGAGUACUAUCGGGCCGGAUUCACUCUUCCGCAUGAUACUCUGUAAACCGUACGUUUUGGAAAAGCCCUCGGAGAGAACACUUGAAGAGCUGGAGCUCGUCUAUGAGGAACUAUUGCACGUAAAGGCACUGACACAUUUAAGCACGAUGGUGAAGCGAGAGCUAGCAGCAGUUGUAUUUUUCGAGCAGCAUCAGCAUGCCGGACACGUGCUGUUCCGGCAGGGCGAUGAGGGUAAUUGUUGGUAUGUCGUCCUCAAAGGAUCUGUUGAUGUGAUCAUCCACGGAAAGGGUGUUGUAUGUACGUUACGUGAAGGCGACGAUUUCGGCAAGCUUGCGUUGGUGAACGAUGCGCCGCGUGCAGCAACCGUCGCUCUUCGAGAGGACAAAUCGCAGUUCCUACGUGUCGACAAAAAUGAUUUCAACCGGUGA